UCCACUGGCCACAUCAGGCCGUCUUCUCGGUCUCCUCUGCUAUUUAGUAGCGUUUUGGGACUAGGGAGUGAUAAACAUUGAUUGUGCGACCAACGGAGCGAUAUAAUCAUGUCCAACCUUCAGAGGUGCAACCAGGAGGAGACAGGCCAGACAUGGAGGGACAAUGACGCCGGGGACUUGUGACUGCUGUCCGGCCUGCUAGAGACAUGUCUAAAUGACAGCUGGAAAUGCGAAUGUGGAAACACGAUGGUGCAAGCGGGGUUGAUGUCGUGCCUAUGGUGUUAAACAAUACUAAAAGUAUCCGACAUUACGCAGCUGGUGUUUUCCUAACUGCUGACGCCUGACAUACACGAAGAUGCCAUGGGGAAAAGGACGGGGGAAAAGGAACGCUUGACGUAUAGGGUAUUCCUCACUGAGGCAAUGGCGGUAACGGGAAUUGGUCAUCGCUGAUGUAAACACACAUGGUGGUCGACAUGUGCCAGUAGGUGUGGUAAGACAUCUGCCAGGCUCCACGGAUGUGUGAUACCGAGGCACAAUUGACGCGCCCAGUCAGCAACAGCCGAUUAAUGACGUCACGGCAGUCCAGAGAGAGACCUCCAACAUGUCAUCUCGAAGACAAAAACGCUCGUGACACCUUACUUAGGACGAUGCCAAGAGCAAGUAAUUCAUGUCUAAAUGUUCAUACUUAAAAAAUAAACUAUCAACAAGUUCGACCAGUCUGGACAACGGGACGUAUUUGUGAGUGCUAAACAAGCUUCUGACAGUGGAUACUUUGAUACAUCAAAAUAUAAUAUAGUACUCCAUCAGCCAUUGUCUGAUUGGACUCAUGCCCUCAUCAUGCGGUUGGAUAAUUUAAAGGAUUAUAACUUCCAUACUUAAAAGAUCCACGAUGUGUAGGUGGAUGUGUAAAAGUCAAGGGUUUGAGACAUUUGAUUAUCAAUUUAAGCAUUUAAUCUGAGAAUGUCAAAGGGAAGUUGUUGACAGAUAAUUGUUGACUGCUGACAUACAGUGGGAGACCAAGCUAUGUGACACAUCAAUUAAUGCCCUUGCAGCUGUUUCAACCGGAACCAUAAGCAGCUGAUGUAUGCAAGCUGAGAUCAGGAACCUCGUUUGGGAGCUGAGAAUAGAAACUGUGUGUUUGAGCUGAGUUUAGUAGCUGUGUGUUUGAUCUGAGUUUCGGAGCUGAGACAAGGAGCUGAUUGUAGUAGCUGUGUGUUUGAUCUGAGUUUCGGAGCUGAGACAAGGAACUGAGAUCAGGAGCUGAUUGUAGUAGCUGUGUGUUUGAUCUGAGUUUUGGAGCUGAGUUUUAGAGCUGAGACCAGGAGUUGAGUGUAGAAGCUGAGUCAAUGAGAUUAGUCCAGUUAGAGCUGAAUCCAAGAGCUGAGUUCUGGAGACAAGUUCAGGAGCAGAGGUUAGGAGUUGUCCUAGAGUUUACUGAGGCAUUGACUGGAGGAUAAACAAAACCUUCUAUCUGGAAAAACAUGUUCCAUCAUACAUGCAGCAGUGACAACCUCACAACAUCUUCAGCGUAACAUCAUGGUGGCGGAAUGGAUUGCCUGUCUGGACAAGAGGCCGGCAGAUCGGAGUGGGGAGGACCUCGACAUCAUCUACUCCCGCCUUAAAGACAUCAAGGCCCUGGAGAAGUUCCAUCCUCUGCUGUUGCAACAGAUCUGUUACUAUGGUUACUACGAGGACCUGGAGAAGGGUGUCACAUUGUUCCGUCAGGGCGAUGUCGGCACCAACUGGUACACCGUUCUGUCCGGCUCCCUGGAGGUCACAGUAUCGGAGUCUGGCAAUCAGAAGGAUGCUGUGACACUGUGUAUUCUGGGAGCAGGAACAUCGUUUGGCGAAGCAAUCCUCACCAACAAACCACAUCAUGCAACAGUAGUUACACGGGACUACACAGAACUCAUUCGUGUCGAGCAAAAGGACUUUAAAAUACUGUGGGAUAGAAACAAACAGUUAAUGGAGGGAGUACUGACACCUCUAAGUGCCUUGCCUCUAGAUGUGAACACAAAGCGCCCCGGUGAUAUGAGAAGAAAUACUGCCAAAUCUGUGUACUCAACAGCAAGUGACACUGAUGAUCUCCCAAACCCUGCCGCUCCCAUCACAGCAAUUCCUUCGGUAAAGUUAUCACGUGGUGGUCAUGUGAUACGAACAGUGUUGCUGACACGAGCUCCCCACAUGAUCCGAGACAGGAAGUAUCACCUCCGCACCUACCGCAGAUGCAUGGUGGGAUCUGAGAUGGUGGACUGGCUGCUGCAGCCAAGUACCCUCGUCCACUCUCGGAACCAGGCCGUGGGCAUGUGGCAGGCCCUCCUGGAGGAGGGGGUCAUUGUGCAUGUGUGUCACCAGCACCAGUUCAAGGACAAGUACUUGUUCUACCGGUUCUGUGAGGAUGACGAGGGGGUGGGGACAGUACCGACAUCUGGGGAACGGAAGGAAUGUGAGGAGGAGUUGGGGGAGACGCUGGCGCUGCUGGCACAGAUCGGACCCGAUGCCAUGAUGAGGAUGAUCCUGCGCAAACCGGCCCACGAGCGGACAUCGGAGGACUUGGAGAUCAUCUAUGAGGAAUUGCUGCACAUCAAGGCUCUGUCUCAUCUAUCCACCAUGGUGAAGAGGGAACUGGCCAGCGUCCUUCUGUUUGAGUCCCAUGCCAAGGCCGGUACUGUCUUGUUCAACCAGGGUGACGAGGGCAAGUCGUGGUACAUCAUCCUCAAGGGCUCGGUCAAUGUCGUCAUAUAUGGCAAGGGGAUUGUGUGCACUCUUCAUGAAGGUGACGACUUCGGCAAGCUUGCGCUGGUCAACGAUGCUCCAAGGGCUGCCACCAUUGUCUUGAGAGAAGACAGCUGUCACUUUCUUCGAGUAGACAAAGAAGAUUUCAACAGGAUUUUGAGGGAUGUGGAGGCAAAUACCGUGCGUCUGAAGGAGCAUGGGGAAGAUGUGCUGGUCCUUGAGAAGAUCCCAACAAACAUUGAAGGGCCUGACGGGACUGUGCGAGCACACUACAAGUAUUCCGUGAUGGCUGGGACGCCCGAGAAGAUGCUGGAGCACCUUCUGGAGACAUGGCUGCCCGUCGACAAGUCAACGGAAGAGAUGGCCAUGGAGGUGGUGGCCAUCUCCAAACGUAAGCAUAAUUUCCUGGAAGACUUUUUGCUGACUCAGGUCAUCUUUAUGCCCAAUGAGAGACUGUGUAAGGCUCUGAUGAACCACUACGACGCCGAGGCCACGCAGGGAACCGACCAGGAGAUAGCAGAGUACAUGGAGACACACAAGCGCAGUGUGGUCCUGUUCGCACAGGAGUGGCAGAGCAUCGUGUCCGAGGACUUCUUGGAGGAUAAAGUCAUCCGACAUUUUAUGGGGGAGCUGCAGCUUGCUGUGGAGGAAGACAGUAUGAUGUACCCAGCUCUUGCAGAGGAGCUCGACCUUCUGGAAAUGAUUGCUAUGCAGUCGAAAAGCAAUUCUCCCCCAGAAGGGAAGCAGGCCAAGAGGAAGAUCACCCCGACACUUAUCCUCAGCCGGAAGGCCUCCAAGAUCAGCUUGAGUGAAACUUCCAAGAAGAGGAGACCCAUUAAGCCUUCAGAUGAAAACAUCUUUAAGGUGUAUUGUGCCGAUCACACAUACAGCACCAUCAAGGUUCCCAUGGCAACCAUUGUGGCAGAGAUCGUGGGCCAUGCUCAGGAGAAGCUGUGCCUGGGAGAUGACUUGGUUCUGUGUGAGGUCAAGUCAACUGGAGAACGGAUCAUUUACAAGAAAAAUGAUCUGUGUGUGACAACAGGCCUGAGCCUCAACGGGCGGCUGUUUGUGACACCCCGGGAGCACCUUGAUGCCCUGACACCGCUUCCGGAGCAAGAAGGACCAACGUCCGGCACGGCUGCCCUGCUGGAGUUGAUGAGCACCAAGGAGGUGGCAUACCACGUCACUCAGUACGACUGGGAGCUGUUCAUGUGUGUCCAUGAGUACGAGCUGAUCUAUCAGGUGUUCGGUCGUCACAAGUUCAACAAAAUCACAGCCAACCUGGAUUUAUUUCUCCGACGCUUCAAUGAGAUCCAGUACUGGAUCGUCACGGAGAUGGUGCUGACGCAGAAUGUCAGCAAGCGGGUCCAGCUGCUCCGCAAGUUCAUCAAGGUCGCUGCACAUUGCAAAGAGCAUAAGAACAUUCAGUCCUUCUUCGCCAUCGUGAUGGGCCUGAGCAACAUUGCAGUCAGCAGACUGUCACAGACAUGGGAGAAGUUGCCAAGCAAGUUCAAACGAAUGUUUGCUGAGUUUGAAACCAACAUGGACCCCUCCCGCAACCACCGAUCAUACCGGGUGAAUGCAUCCAAGAUGACUCCCCCCAUCAUUCCCUUCAUGCCCCUCCUCAUGAAAGAUAUGACCUUCACCCAUGAAGGAAAUAAGACCUACUUUGACCGUCUGGUCAACUUUGAGAAGAUGCACAUGAUUGGCCAGACAAUAAAGACAGUGCGUGUGUGUCGCAGUGUUCCUUUUGAUAUGGAGCUUCCCCCCUCUCUGAAGACAAGCCCUGAUGUGAGGAGCUAUGUCAGGAAUCUCAGUGUGAUUGACAAUCAGAGGACUUUAACCCAGUUGUCUCAUAAACUGGAGCCGAGGAGGACAUGACACUCAAUGGGGUGUUAGAUAUUAUGAUAUGUGUUGAUCCUGCGGGAUGCUCAUUGACACCUCCUCAAUAACCCGUACAGUGCCUUGAAACCUUGGAUAUCUCCACUUCAGUGACAUCCACAAACACUGCGCUGACUGUAGUGGGGACAUGUGUUCAGGAUCAGAGAAACCUUUAUGGAAGAGAUCCUAGCACUGUGGGAAGAGAUGAUUUCCCCAUGAGAAGAUGUGUAAUGGCCAUGGAUAGAAAUGCUAUCACCAUGGGAAGAAAUCUUAUCAUCAUGGGAAGAUAAGUUAUCACCAUGAGAAGAUAUGUUGUCAUCAUGAGAAGAUAUGUUAUCACCAUUGGAAGAAAAGUUAUCACCAUGAGAAUUUAUUUUGUCAACAUGAGAUAUAUUAUCACCAUGAGAAGAUAUGAUAUCAUCAUGGGAAGAUAAGUUAUCCCCAUGAGAAGAUAUGUUAUCAACAUGAUAUGUUAUGACCAUGGUAAGCUGUUAUCUGCAUGAGAAUAAAUGUUAUGGCUGUGAAAAAAUAUAUUAUCUCCAUGGAAAGAGAUGUUGUGACCCUGGGAAGAUAUGUUUUGACCAUGAGAAGAUGUGUUAUUCCUAUGGGAAGCUAUGUAACGGCCAUGAAAAUAGAUGUUAUCUGCAUGGGAAGAAAUGUUAUGGCUGUGAAAAAAUAUGUUAUCACCAUGGUAAGAUAUGUUGUGACCCUGGGAAAAUAUGUUAUCACCAUGAGAAGAUGUGUUAUCCCCAUUGGAAGCUAUGAAUAUAGAUGUUAUCAGCAUGAGAAGAAAUGUUAUGGCUGUGAAAAACUAUGUUAUGGCUAUGGGAAGAUAUGUUAUGGUCAUCGCAAGAUCUAUUAUUGCCCUUGGAAGAAAUGUUAUCACCAUGGGAAGAAAUAUUGACACCAUGGGAAGAAAGGUUUUGAAUAUAGCCUACUACCAACACAAAAUAGGGUAAUUGAUGAAAUGAUAGUGAAGGUGUAAUGAUUAUAAAUGUCUAAAAUUAAUUUUGGGCGUGUUGAUCAAUACCUGGAGUGUCCACCAUGUUGGGUGAUACAUGCACCACAUCUGGAUGGCACACCCUUGAUUAACUUGCUUGUGGUUGCCCUUGGUAAUGCCUUCGAUUCCGCCUGAAGCCCUACCCCAACCUGGGCCACUUUGGCAGGUGUUAGUCUCUGAUGUACACUCUCUGCCUGAGAACAUCCCACAGAUGCUGUAUUGGGGACAUGUCAAGGGACUUAGCGGACUAGUCGAGUGUCUGUAUGCCUUCUCGUCGGAGAUAAUUUGUUAGUUGAAAACUACUGCCGAUAAUUCUAGUGAAUGGAAUGGCAGAAUGCAAAAUUUCAUCAAAAUAAAUUGUGAAAACAAUCUGUCUGUAGGUCAAGUGGGAUGAGUAUCUGUAUGUAGGUCUGAGGGAAGACCAUCUGUCUGGAGAUCAAGUGGGGAGACAAUCUGUCUGUAGGUCAAAUGGGAAGAUCACAUGUCAGUAGGUUAAGUGGGAAGACCAUCUGUCUGGAGGUCAAGUGGGAAGACCAUCUGUAUGUAGGUCAAGUGGUAAAACCAUCUGUCUGGAGGUCAAGUGGGAAGACCAUCUGUCUGUAGGUCAGGUUGGAAGACCAUCUGUAUGUAGGUCAUGUUGGAAGACCAUCUGUCUGUAGGUAGGUCAAGUGGGAAACCAUCUGUCUGUAGGUCAAAUGGGAAAACCAUCUGUCUGGAGGUCAAGUGGGAAACCAUCUGUCUGGAGGUCAAAUGGGAAGACCAACUGUCUGUAGAUAAAAUUGGAAGACCAACUGUCUGUAGGUCAAGUGGGAAGACCAUCUGUAGGUCAAGUGGAAACUAUCUGUCUGGAGGUCAAAUGGGAAGACCAACUGUCUGUAGAUGAAAUGGGAAGACCAUCUGUCUGGAGGUCAAGAGGGAAAACCAUCUGUUUGUAUGUAAAGUGGGAAAACCAACUGUCUGUAGGUCAAAUGGGAAGGUCACGUGUCAGUAGGUUAAGUGGGAAGACCAUCUGUCUGUAGGUCAAGUGGGAAGACCAUCUGUAUGUAGGUCAAGUGGGACGACUAUCUGUCUGUAGGUCAAGUGGGAAACCAUCUGUCUGCAGGUCAAAUGGAAAGACCAUCUGUGUGCAGGUCAAAUGGUAAAACCAUCUGUCUGGAGGUCAAGAGGGAAAACCAUCUGUUGGUAUGUAAAGUGGGAAGACCAACUGUCUGUAGGUCAAGUGGGACGACUAUCUGUCUGUAGGUCAAUUGGGAAACCAUCUGUCUGCAGGUCAAAUGGGAAGACCAUCUGUCUGGAGGUCAAGAGGGAAAACCAUCUGUUGGUAUGUAAAGUGGGAAAACCAACUGUCUGUAGGUCAAGCUGGAAGACCAUCAGUAUGCAGAUCAAAUGGGAAGACCAUCUGUCUGCAGGUCAAGUGGGAAGACCAACUGUCUGUAGGUCAAGUGGGAAGACCAUCUGUAGGUCAAGUGGGAAACCCUCUCUCUGGAGGUCAAAUGGGAAGACCAACUGUCUGUAGGUAAAAUGGGAAAACCAUCUGUCUGGAGAUUAAGUAGAAAUACUAAUAUUUUCUCCUGGCCAUGUGACCAAGUAGACUGAAGGGAUCGAUUUUGCACUAUAAGAUAUAUCUGCAAUGACUUUCAAAGAAAAAAAUGUUCAAGUAUGUGUAUAAAUUCAAAGAAAUAGUUUAAAUGUUUGUCAUUAUUUCUUGUUAAAAACAACUUAAAUAAACAAUGAAUUUAUAA